AGACCGUUGCCACGCGGUGGGGCUGGAGGUCCCAAGAGACCUUGGGAGAUUGAGCGAAUGCCAAUCUCGCACAGAAACCUCGACUAUCUAUCGUCUUCCCUCUUGUCGUGUUCUCCGUUUCAAGGGGUCGAGAGGUGUGGGGGUCCAUGUCUCGGACAACUGAGUCGCCAGAUGUCCAGGUCCAGCCCCUCCCCGCCCCGAUCCGCUGCGGGACGCCCGAGGUGCGCCUGUACACACUGGCGGUCCGACAUGAACGUGUCGUGGCAGGACGGGGGUUACUGGAACGUUUCAACUGUCCAAGGCUGGCCGUCGAUCUCGAAGGUGGAGGGGAAGAACCCCCACCUGGCCUGGGACACCGACGGCGACAAGGACCUGCACGACGGGCACCCGUACUGCGAUCCGCUGUCGCUCGAGGCCGACGUCCCGUAUCCCGUGCUCUGUGGCCCCUGCGACUGUCUGGCAGGGAGGCGGCAGGAUCUCGAGAAGAAGUUAUUGUAUUCGAGUGCUGGGGAGCAGGAGUACAUCAUUUGCCUUCCGUGCUCCCCUGGCUUCUACAGCGGCGAAAGCACGUCCGCGCAGUGCACCGAGUGCGGGCGAGGGGAGUACACGGACGCAGAAGGCGCCACUGCGUGCUCGUUGUGCCCGGCGGGCAGGUACAGCGGCGUGGAGGGGGCUUCCCAGUGCGCCGACUGCGAGCUGGGGAAGUACAUGGGCGAGGAGGGGCAGACCGAGUGCAUGCCGUGCGCUGCGGGGUCUGCGAGCUCCUCGCGCGGGCAGAGCGCAUGCGACCUCUGCGUGGUCGGGACCUACGCGGAGUUCGAAGGCCAAUGGAUGUGCUCGGAGUGCAACGCUGGGGAGUACACGGCAGAGAACGGGUCUUCUAGCUGUACAAGUUGCCCAGCGGGGGAGUACUCGUCGACGUCGAAGUCCUCCAAGUGCGAGCUAUGUAGCCCAGGCUAUUAUUCCGCGGAGGAGAAGUCCGUUACCUGUGACUUCUGCGCGCCUGGGAGGUACGCCGCGGAGAGAGGCAUGACCGAAUGUGAAGUGUGUGCUGUGGGGCGGUCGGCUGAUAUCGCGAAGGCUGCCUGCGCGAUGUGUGAGCCUGGGACCUACGCUGGCCAGGUCGAAAGCGCGGAAUGCGCGCAGUGUCCAGUCGGCUUCUUCAUCGGCACUGAGGAGGCGGAUGCGUGCAUGGCUUGCCAACCCGGGCAGUUUGCUGAUGAGGAAGGGUCGACUGCGUGCCAGGAUUGUGCGGCUGGGAGGAUCAGCGCGGACGAGGGCGCGAGCAUGUGCACUAUUUGCCAUCCCGGGACCGCAGCUGACAGAGGCUCGUCCGAGUGUGAGAUGUGCCCCGAGGGCAAGUUCACCGACUCCUUCGAGGAGCCCGCCUGCCGAAUCUGUGAAGCCGGGACCUACAGCGGCGAGCCAGGCUCGGCCUCGUGCGAGGACUGCAGCCAGGGGCGGGCGGCGGGGCCGGGAUCGUCGGCCUGCGAGGAUUGCGAGAGGGGCAAGUUCGCCAUCGCCACCAAGAGCCCGAGCUGCUCGGAGUGCAAUCCCGGAACUUUUGCGGCCACCGAGGGGUUGACCGCCUGCAGUGCUUGCAACCAGGUUCGUGGGUCAGAGCCCGAAGCAUCUCGUCUCCAAUGCCUUCUCGUCGUUCUCCUCCCCCGCCUCCUCCAUGCCUCUGCAGACAACCUGGCCGCUUCAACGCUUCAACGUCACGUAUGGCCGUUUGCCUGUAAGUGUCGAGCGUCGCGCUGCGAGCUGUUGUGUCAAUCACUCAUCCGCAAGCUACGAGUGCUACUGGCUCAAGACUGCCGAAAACAAGUCGGUCACUAUCACGCUGUCGUUUCUUCAUCAUCAACUCACUCGAGUCGGCCUGUGAUGUCGAAGGGUGGUGCGUACAAGACCGAGAAUCCUGUUGGCAGCCUACCACAGCCGAAAGAGUUUUACACUGACGUCAACAAUGACAACCUGACGAACGACGAGAAAAUCGACGGAUCUCAGACA